AGCUCUUCUAUAACAGGAAACCCAAAGGACUGAGAGGAGCUCUGCUGGACCUCGGCAUAGAGUUCACUGGCAGAGAACACUCAGGUCUGGUGGACGCCAGGAACACAGCUCUGCUGGCGCAGCGGAUGAUGACGGACGGCUGUCAGCUCUCCAUCACCAGCCCUGAGCGCAGGGCGCAGGUGAAGCCCAGACCUCACACUCGACCCUCAGGGCUGAGAGAACCACACACACACCUGACCAACGUGAUGAACAGCAGAGACACACACACAAACACACACGCACACCUGACCAGUGUGAAGAGCAGCAGAGACACACACACUCACACAAACACACACCUGACCAACGUGAAGAGCAGCAGAGACGCACACACACGUCUCCCAGCGCUGAUGAACGGAAGCAUCCGAGCGCGACACACACACACACAGCAGACGUGUGCGAACAGCAGCGACACACACAUUGCGUCAGCGAGUGUGUGUGAGGUGCUGGUGUCUCCAUUCACUCUUCUCUCAGCUGCGCACACACACACACACCUGCAGGCCCGCAGCGCUGCACUGGCCGGCCUGUCCGACACGACCUAUGACCCCGAGAGCCCCGCCCCCUGCUGGCAGGAUGGAGAGCUGCUGGUGGAGGAGGAGGAGCCUAGCUCAUACGAUGAUGUUAUUCUGGGGGCGGAGCCUGAGGAGGCCACACCCUCAGAGCACAGGCGGUGUGUUUCCUCCAGUGUGUUCAAGACCCCGCCCCCGCUGCUGCGCUCAGAGCCGCUCCGCCCCCUCACACACUCCUUAGGGCGCAUCGCUGCGCCGCUCAGUGUUCACGCACACACACACGCGCUGAAGCAGAAGGUGAAGGUGACGUCUCCGCUGUGUGUGUGCGGGCGCAGGGCGCGGCGGCUCACUGUGGGGAACGGAGGACCAAACCACGGCCGUGUGUUCUACUGCUGCCCACGGCGGAGGAGCAACACACACACACACACCUGCGACUUCUUCCAGUGGGAGUCUGGAGUACUGCAGAACACUCUGAGCAUGCUCACUACACACACACCAGCAGCUGCGCACACACACCUGCGCUGACACACACACACACACACACACACCUGUGCUGACACACACACACACACACAUUCCUUCUGCACCUUCUUUGUGGUUGAGAAGCUGUUUCAGUGUUGUUUCUCUGUGGAGGGAAGAUUCCUCAUGAUCACAGAAUAUUGUAAUCAUAAACACACACACACACACACACGUGGUGCUUCUCAUGAUCAUGCUUGUGUAUGGCAGUGCAGUGACUGUAGCGUGUGUUAUUGAUUCUGCACACUGAAUGUUUAUUCAAGACUGUAGAAUAAAUCCGUGAAUCACA